AUUUACAUCUCAUAGAAGUUGCAGAGUCUUGGUAUCUUCAAACCUUGAGUCUUACAAAUCAGAUAGCUAGCAGUGACCAUGGCACCUAACAGGGAGCUAUAUGGUGGAACUCACAACAAUAACAGCACCGUUUCACGCAAGCCUCAAAUACUCCCAAUGGAAAAUCUCCAUCGAACAAUCUCUGAUAUCUCGUUCGAACUAAGUAAAGAAGCUGCUGCUGCUGAUAAUGAUGCAAAGCUUCCCCCAAUUUCUGAGGUUGAGGAUGCAGCGUGCGAGUGCUGUGGCAUGAGUGAAGAGUGCACCCCAGAUUACAUCAAAAGAAUGCGCGAAAAGUUCUCAGGGAAGCUCAUCUGUGGCCUGUGUGCUGAAGCUGUUACUGAAGAGAUGGCGAAAAAUGGAGGAAAAAGAGAAGCCGCCCUGAAUGAGCACAUGAAUGCAUGUGUCAGGUUCAACAGGCUUGGCAGGGCAUAUCCCGUGCUUUACCAGGCUGAGGCCAUGAGAGAAAUCUUGAAAAAGAAUAGGGCAAAGUCCCUCAGUCCUAGAGACGCGGCUGCCCCAAAGAAAGGUGGGAUUGCCAGGAGUUCAAGUUGCAUUCCAGCGAUUACAAAGGAGAUGAACAAUCGAGAAAUGGUUAAUUGAUCGUCUAUCCAGUGUAGAGAAUAAAAGGGUACUUACUAGAUUGUUUUAACAUGUUGACCAGUUUUAGGAGACAAAAAAAAGUUAGCUACUCUUUCAAUUUAGGUAACAUCAUCUUCUUCCUCUCUCUGUUGCCUGCAUCUUUUGCUAGUUUAGUACAAGAGGCAAGCAAUCAAUCUGUAUCCUAAUAUUUCACCAGACCACAACUCGGAAUAAACAAAAAAUUUUACACCUUUUGUUUCUUCCCUCUGCUGAGCAACUGCCCGGAUGAGGUGCCUCCGCAUCCCUCUUAGGAUCUCAAGUUUCCAGUCAUGUUCAGGGGAACGAUUCGUCUGGCCAUCGACAGCAGCUUUUGCCCUUCUAAUAAUUUGUCCAAAAAUAAAAGAGUUGUUGCUUCUUA